AGUCGAAACAAUCAUGAUGCUCAGAAAUGACACGACUCUGGCAACGGCUCAAGAGGCUCCGAAAAGGAAAGUGAUCUACGGCAGACCCGGCAAGGCUUCCAGGAACGACAAAAGCCACAUGAUCGUCUCCGUGUUUUUCCUGAUGUUAUGUUUCUGGCUGCUAGCCGCGGAUAGCAGCGCAUCCGUAAUCAAGAAUAAGAGGGCUAUCGCUUCAGCUACCGAAAGUACCACAGGACCGUUGAAAGAGUGCCACCAAAAUACCCCGUGUGGAUGGGCCAUAUACGUGCCGUUCACACGCCGUAUCGAUUAUUUCAUGAAAAACACUUGCAUUUGCAAUCCGAACUUGGCGUGCUUGAAGACCGAUGAUGACCUGUCAGUGAACGCGUACGUGUACCGCUGCAAGCCCAGACCGUUGACUACUACGGAGAUCAUACCGACGACCAUCUGAGAUUUGAGCGAGGGAUAUGUCCACAGCAACGAAGCGGUGGCCAACACCACACCACUGGCGCUGCUUCUUCGCCAUUGGACAAGUGAAUUUAUACUAGUUUAUUCCUAAUACCAAAUCUACUUAUGUUCCGGAAAUCAUAUUUUUUACUAUUUUUUUCUAAUUAGUCUUAAGAGUUAAGAAGAAGAAAUAUUUUUUUAUGCUAUUAAAGCUUUUUCGUAAUUUAUUUUUAUUUAGGUACUUAUACCUAUAUAUACUUAAAAAAGUAAAAUUAUUAGUAAUUUAUAUCAAACCUACUUGGUUGAAAUCAUUUAUUCUUAUACAAUAAUUAUAUUUAUGUAUUUUUCAAUACUAUUAUAUUUUUUCGUACAAAUUAAAGGGCAUUAGCCAUUAGGGAAAAUCAUAUUUUAACCCAUGUAAGAGGUUUCAUCCUUUAGACUUUAUAUCACAGUAUUUUUAUAUUUUAAUUUUUCACAUUUUAGAUUAUACCUAAGUUUGUAAGAAUAAGUUAAAUUAUUAUUUUUUGAGGCUAUAGCUACUUAACUAUUUACUUUUUUACUACGACUAACAUUAUUAUUGUAAUAAUAUUUAUAAUGUUUAUCUCGUUGUCAUUUAAUAUGGCGAUUAGAUCAACAUUUUUAUUUAUUAUUUUUUUCAACACACUAUUAGACAUAAUUAAAAAAACAUACUACUGUUGUUUAAUAAUAUUAUUAUUAAUAUUUAUUUAUUAUUAUUAUUAUUAUUAUGAUUAUUAUUAUUUUUAUUAUGUUUAUUAUAAUUAUGUCCUCUGGUUUUUUUAAAUUAUUUUAUUACAUUAAUAAAGAAGAAGAGAUAAGAUUACA